CACACAUACAUACAUGGCACAUAGAAAUACAAACGCAACAGCAAAAAGCAGGAAGCAGAAAAAAAGAAAAGAAAAGCAAAAUACUUUCUUCUCACAUAUCUGGAAUUCAGAUGGGGCGUUGGGUUAGGCCUGAGGUGUAUCCGUUAAUGGCUGCGAUGACAUUUGUUACAAGCUUGUGCGCAUUUCAGCUUACACGGAACAUGUUCCUCAACCCUGAAGUCAGAAUCAACAAAGCUCACCGUCGAAUGGCGGUGCUUGAAAAUGAAGAAGAGGGAGAGAAGUACGCCGAGCACGGGCUCCGGAAGUUCCUCCGCACACGGCCACCGGAGAUCAUGCCUACCAUCAACCACUUCUUCUCUCAAGAAAAAUAAUUUCAGACGCGUUCGUGAAAAGUUUACUUGUGAAGGGGGGUUUAUUUUUUUAAGAGCUUUAUAGCAACUUGUUCAUGUCGGUUAUACUAUUUUGCUUUGGGCCGGUUUAAUCGAGUUUUGUGAAAUUCCACAGAUGUCAUUCAUGUUUCCUCAUUUUGUAUAAAAAAAAUUAAAUUAUUAAUAAUGAGCCUGUCGUUUUGAUA